GGAGAGGAUCAAGCAGAAAGUAUAAGUCCAGCAAAAACAACAGCUCCCUUUCUGUGAGUAAAUGCAUUUUAAUUUUGUGAUUUAACAGUCAAAUGUACAAGGUUGAAAAAUACACUAACCUUGAUCUUCUAGUCAGUUCAGGCCAUUAAUUUCAUAUGCAGCUCUGAUUGCUAGUUUGAGACCGACAAUGAAAUCUGAGAAAAGAGAAGAAACAUUAGGCAUAAUGUUAUUGUGUCAAGGUGUUUUACGGCCUUGAACACAAGCAUUUUUUCUUGAUGUUUUCGCUUGAUCAUUUGGUGUGUGCUAAUUUGAGGGGGAACAGUACCUGUAAUUUGCGAACCAGAAUGGGUUUUUCUCUCUCGAAGUCAGACAACAUGUGAUAAAUAAGUAGACAAAGGGAAAAACAUUCCCUCACCUGGAUUAAACAUAACCACAAAACAAUACAACUUCAGUGUGACAGUGUCUGUUAAAAAUUAACUUUAAUUAACAAACCAAAAAGAAUACAAAACAUGGAAUAUGGGGGGAGUGGUAAUGGUUGUAAUUGUACUGCACAAAGGUCCCUUAGCCGCCUAUCCUACUUGUAACUCCUAACUGCAAUGGUAAAUAGUAUUUUAAACCCAUGUUUAAAAUAUGCUUUAUAAAGUAAUACUUGAUUGUCACAUAAAAACUUGUUUUUGCAUGGAGCUUAUAUUUUGAAAUACAUUUUCCAAAAAUUUCUGCACACACUGACAAAUAUAGAAGUCAUUGUUAUUGCCGUUACUGUUGCUGCUGAUGGACUAAAAGCAUGCAGCUCAAAAAAUUCCAACUCUUGCACAACCUGCAUUUCCUUUAUUGACAUUAUCUUUGUAUGGUCUAUUGAGGAAGAAUUGUUGACUUUUUUUCAUAAAAUUGUCUGUGUUAAGUCUUAAGUCUAAAACAGCUGUUAAAGUAGAAAGAAAAGGCUGCCAAAUUCUUCACCUGACUGUAGAAAUUGUGGUUUCCUCUUUCAAGAUAAAAUUACAACUGAACAGGCCCGGUUCUGGCAAGAAUCGUUGACACCUUUUGUCACAUGAUAGCCUAAUUAUAACUUGAGUGCUUGUGAUUGGUAAAAAACAUAACCAAGAUCAUUGUUUGGAUGAAAGUAUCAUCUUACAGUAAUUAGAUUAUAGUCCUAAUGUUGCCCGCAUGAGGCACUGUUAGGAAGCAGAUUAAAUAAGCCAGACAAUACUUGGCCUGUUUUUUAGUGCAGUGAAUUUGCUAAAAGGUUUUUCCAUGUGGAGACAUCCAUAUCCUCACCAGAGGCCUUUACUUCCUUACCAUGCCAGGGGAAAGGUAUUACUGAUAUCUCUGAGUGCAUUUGAAGCAUUUCUAUUGAGCUGUGUUGUUUGAAUNAAUUGUCUGUGUUAAGUCUUAAGUCUAAAACAGCUGUUAAAGUAGAAAGAAAAGGCUGCCAAAUUCUUCACCUGACUGUAGAAAUUGUGGUUUCCUCUUUCAAGAUAAAAUUACAACUGAACAGGCCCGGUUCUGGCAAGAAUCGUUGACACCUUUUGUCACAUGAUAGCCUAAUUAUAACUUGAGUGCUUGUGAUUGGUAAAAAACAUAACCAAGAUCAUUGUUUGGAUGAAAGUAUCAUCUUACAGUAAUUAGAUUAUAGUCCUAAUGUUGCCCGCAUGAGGCACUGUUAGGAAGCAGAUUAAAUAAGCCAGACAAUACUUGGCCUGUUUUUUAGUGCAGUGAAUUUGCUAAAAGGUUUUUCCAUGUGGAGACAUCCAUAUCCUCACCAGAGGCCUUUACUUCCUUACCAUGCCAGGGGAAAGGUAUUACUGAUAUCUCUGAGUGCAUUUGAAGCAUUUCUAUUGAGCUGUGUUGUUUGAAUGUUGGGUUUAUUUAUACGGAUGUCACAUCACUUUGACUUCAAGAUGUGUCCUCAGAGAUGAAACAGAAGGUCUUAAAUUUUACCUGUGUCAUUUCUCUCAGCUAAGAUUUUGAUCCUAAAUCAGUCAUAACAGGAUGUAGAUAAGCUUUGGGAAGAUUUUAGAACCUCCAAGAGCUUUUAAAAGUGGUUUCUUGAUCCCAUAUGCUGAGUAACUUGAAACAACUGUUACUUUACUGUGACCCCCUGUGAAAAGACAAUUUGCAUGUGCUUUUGCUCCCCAAUUAUUGUUCUCAAUAAAUAUGUAAGAGGGUUAUAUUAGGGAGUAUUUUGACAAGCCAGCUUUUAGAAGUGAUUCCUGUCCUGAUAUACCUCUUGAUCUUGUUUUAUCUUUCUGUAUGCUUUGGCAUUCAAAAUGCAUCUUUGUCAUUCUUUUGAGCGCUAAAAUUAAACACUUUCUUCUUCGUAUUUUCAGGUCUAUUCGCCUGGCGCUGAUGAUAUAAUGCCUCAUCCUGGAGAUGCCCUAACUCAAUCUCAUUACUCUCCAAAAGGAGGAAUAUAUGCUGAUGCAUACUACAUGGGUAAGAAGGGAUUAUAUCAUCUUAAUUUGCUACAACUAACGGAUCUCGUGGCUUGUUCUGCUGUCCUCCAUCGUGAACAAGAUUCUCCUUGCUAUCUACUUUCUACAUAUCUUUUCUGGUGUGCAUUGAACUUUCUUUUUUCUGCCUCAUAGGUAGCCUUCAUUAUUGCAGUUUGGUACAUGAAACAACAAAAUUUAUUGAAGAAAUAAUUAGAGCAAGUUUAGUUUACGUACCUGAGGUUUCUCUCUCUGGUCUUGAUAGCAAGUCCUUUCAUAAACAACAGUUUUUUUCAAAUACCUUCAAAUAUCAUAAAGUAACUCAAGUUUUCUCUGCUGUCCACGUACACUUCGUGAUGAAUGGAUAAAGCUGAAGAUCUAGAAAUGAGAAGAGAGGACCAAUGCAAACCUUGAUGCCACUUCAACAUCUUGUUGGAUUGAAAUGGUCAAGUCACACAUAGCACAUGUGUUAAAGAUGGUGUUGUUCAACUGACUAUUAAUGAUUACAAGUCUGUUGAAGACCUGCAGUGGCUUAAAUACGCACAUGAUGACUUUUUCAUUGCAGGCCAUUUUCAGAAGUGUGGUGUACACUGGCUGUUUUAUACAUUUAUACUCUUAAGCACUUGAUUUGUGGUUUCCAGCUGAAGUAACAUUAUUCUGUCAUCAGCCAAAUGUGUGUUUUAAAUCAAGAGUGUAGCGUAAACCCUUUUUCAGUCCAAUUUCCUCUCAUGCGGGAUUUCUGGUUUCUUUAUACAAGCAUAAUACUCAGUCAAUAUUAUUUUGAAUAGCCUUAUAGAAGUAUGAGAAAUACUCAUGCAUGCAGCCGACUCAGUUACUCCAAAAUAAUUGUACAGAUAAAAGUUUAGAGCAUUCUAACAAGAUAGCGGCUACCAUUUUUAUUAUAGAGACUGCCGGUUGUUCCUUUGCUUUUGUGUUUGGUUGUAGUAGCAUCUGGCUGAUAGAUUAUUGAUGCACUAGAUGAGAAUGACAAACCAACAUCUUGACCAAAGAUGCUCUGCAUUUCUUUUGUUUGAUCUGCUUUUUAACUUAAGUCUUGAUUGUCAUUAAUAUAAAAGGAGCUUAACUCUGCCCAGAUUUAGUUUUUGAAUUUUCAGACAGCAUAAACAUUUGUUAGUUUCAUUUUCCAUUCAGGGCUUGCCAUCAAAAUCUUAAUUGCAUAUUUGACUGAAAUUUCUGAUAGUUACUGAUUCCGUGAAUUCCUUAAGUGUUUUGAGUGUUGCCCUUCUAAUAUAAUGCAGAACAUUGUUAUAUAUUGUUUGUUAAACUGUAUUACACCUUUUUUGUUUACUUUUUGUUUAAUUCGUUGUUCUGAUGUUUAUUGAAGUAGGUUUGUGUGGUAUAUCAAUAAUAAUCGAUUUUCCCUGAAAAAUCAGACAUUAAAAAAGGAACUUUGUGUCUUGAGAGAUGAUCGAAACCCACUGACCUCCCUUUCUCUGUGGGCAACACCAAUGUUGUAGACACCUUUUCAUCCUGAUUCUGUCGUUUGAGUUUUUCUUACGUAGAAAAUAAAGUAGGAAUUAUUUGUCUUCUCAUACAUGUUGACAAUAAUUAUGUUUAUGCUAAUCAGCCACUGCAUAACUAGGGAAGGUUUCUUAGUCCUUCUCCCAUUGUUAUUUUAUAACUAAAAUGAUUGUUAAGGAAAUAUGAAAUGGCUCCUUUUGAUUGAUAUCUAUGCAGUGUUUCCUCCUAACAAUUAUCAUUCGGUUAAUAUUUCUACAGUAAUCAGUUUAAUACACCCACAUUACAAAACAGCCAGACUGAAGUCUUCUGACUAGACUGAAAGAUUAUUUCAACUGGAAAUGUUAUAAAGAGGCCACUACAGUCACCCUAGUUAUAGUAUUUUCUGGUUAUUACAAACAGAUUUCUCACAUGUUAACCCUUAAUAAGCCCCAAUAUCCAAAUACAAAUUCUGCAGAGUGAUCUCCAUACAUUUCCUUAAAGAAUUGGCUGAGAGGAUUUGUUUGCUGAUCAAAACGUUUCCCAUCAGGUGAUCAUUUCAUUGAUUCUCACAAUAUUUUCUCUAGAUUAUCUGUUGAUAAUGUUGAGAGAAAAUUGACUUUGGUCACUCUUGGGUCUUAAAGAGUUAAUCUCCUUUGUUUCUCUGGACAGAUCAUGGUUCACCUGAUCCAUGGGGGCACGCAGGUCAGCUUGGCCCAGGAUCUUAUUCAGGCUCAGCAGGGCCAUAUGGCAGUGCUUACGGCACACACCCAAGAGAUAGCAUGGUACGUCGUGUAUCUUAACUGUGUGCACAGUUUGGUCUUUGCAUUUUCUUUGAAGAUGGGUUGAUUUUUGGAUUGAUUUUAGUGAGGGGUUUUGUUUAUUUGUUUGCUUUUAGAGUGAUGUACGUGGUAUUCCUGUUUCAGCCUUUGCAAAGGGCUCAGCCAUUCACCAGUCUAGGGUGGGCACUUAUUUAUGGUGUUAUAUACACACGUUGUAUAACAGUCAACUCUGUGUUGACGACUUCUUUCAAGUUGCUUCAAAGUGCUAACCAUUACACUUGGUGAAUGUAAAGCUCACUGUUGUAGUUAAGGGUGUUGGGUUGGUGUUUCAUUUAUAAUGCUUUGGAUGAUAGCCAUGGGUUAAUCAAAACUUAACAGUCUUAUACAAUAAGCUUGCAGUUACUUCCUUAACCAAACUUGAAUGUUCUUUCUUACUAAUUUUGUGUACAAUGACAUUAACAGCAGUACAUAUUACUCUGUGUAACAAAUGCCAACACUAAAGAGCCUCUCUUAUGUAGAAUGUUAUUUGCAAAGCUCAAACUAUAUGUUACCCUAACUGAACUUAACAAUAAAAAAUUACUAUUCCACAUGUUAUGGAUAAAGCGCUCACUGAACAUUGAUUAGAUUAUAAUUUAAUUUCUUGUUGCUUUAAAAAGCAACAACUUAGUUUUCUCUUUACAUUGAACUUCUGCAUUUUUUCUGCAACAACAAAGCUACAGCAGAACCCAGAUAACUCGGAUUCCCUGCUAACUUGAACUAAAUUUUCUUUGCCUUCAUCAAGAUUUCACUGAAAUUCACCGCGAUAGCUUGAAUUCCCUGCUAACUUCUCAAUUUUUCACAGGGAUACCAUCACUUGGGCCAUGGGGAGCCAAUGGACAGACUUUCAACAUUACCACCAAUGACUUCCUUUAGACAGUCUGGUAUGCACCACGGACCAUCGUCUCCAUAUCUACACUCUUCAGUAUCACCCCCUCUAAAUGGAAAUGAUCCCAUGGGUAAGCAUUAUACAGUAAAAAUGUGGAAGUAAGAACCUGCAUUUUCCCAAGUUAGCCUUAACAGGUUCUUACAUUAAUAGUAAUUAGCACAAAUUUACACUAUUCAGGUUCUUAAAAAGGUCCUUAUUUUGAGAAGAAAAAUAAUAUAGCUAAGCUAAGUUUAUGUGAGGUAAAUGUAGCCUGCAUAGUGAACUAAAUCAACCAUCUGCAAUAGUCAGUAGUUAAUUCUCUACAGGUGUAGCCUGAUGAAACUGUUUAUUGUAUGUUCUGUCAUUUAAGAAGAACCAUUCAAUUGUGUUUUUAUUGUAUUAUUUAUUUUUAUGUGUAGCUGCUCACAGCUCCAGAGCACCAACGUCUGGCUCACAGACAGGGGACACUCUAGGAAAAGCCUUAGCAUCAGUAAGUGUGAGAGAAUUCAUGAAAUGGCCAAAAUAAAUUAUUUUUCUUGCAGGAACAAAGCAGGCAAUCCAAAACAGGCAAGAUAGGCCCACCUUGCCUAGUUUGGUAGCCAAUAAAAACACAGUGGUCAUCUUCUGAUCAAUCAAGGUUUCUAGGAAACUGCCUAACUACCCCUCCCCUAAGCCAACAUUUUGCCCUAAGUGACAAGUAAGUGUUAAUGUUGGCGUAGGGGAGGGGUAGGUGGUCAGUGUCCCAAAAACCUAAAUUGAUCCUCAUCAUCUGGCUGUUGGGUCAGAGUAUGCAUAUUAACCCUUUAAGCCCCAAUAUCCGCAUACAAGUUCUCCAAACUGAUCUCUAUACAUUUCCUUAAAGAAUUAGUUGAGAGAAUUUGAUAAAAGAUCAAAGUAUUUUCUUGUAGGUGAUCAUUUUAUUAAUUCUCAUAACCUCAUCUGUUGACAAUGUAUGGAUAUCAUUAGGAGAAAAUUGAUGUUGGUCACUAUUGGGACUUGAAGGGUUAAGGAGUCUCAUUGACCCUACAUUUGAGCUUAAGCUUUAAAGUAAUAAUUACUUACUAAUGUAAUUAGUCUGCAAUUUGGCUACCAGGGUUAACAAAUGAGAUUAUUUUUGAAAUGUGUAUUGCAGUCACUUCUUUGUUGGGUGGCCGUCUAUUAAAUAAGUAGUAAAUGAGUAGUACGUCCUAGCUCUUGCCACUUUCCCCAGGAGAGCUGCUUAAUAAUUUCGUUUGCCUUAAGUGUGAAACAUCAAAAUUAUGUUGUCAAUAAUUAUGCCAUGACACUUAAUAAACAUGUAGAUGAUAGUAGCAGACCCACUUACAUUAAAUGUGUUGUGCAAUGCACUACUAAACAACAAUAGAGAGAUUAGGAUUCACGUAUUUGUACCACAUGACCUAAGUAAUUUCCCCUUAAUUGUCAUUUACUGUUUAUUACUUCUACACAAAAAUAAGUAGUUUCACAGUUUUUAUCUGCUUAUUUUCUAUUCUGAGAAAUUCUCAACUUGAAUCUGACGUUUUCGACUCUUAAUCUCUCUAAUCUAACAAUAAACUGUUUUGUAGAUUUACCCUACAGAUAACGGUGGAUCAUACUCAUCCAACCCAUCAACACCAGUUGCUUCUCCUCCCCCUUUGGCACCUGUAUCAGAGAGGCCCUUGUCAGGUACAGUCAAAUAGAAGUACAGUAGAACCUCUGGUAACUUGAACUCUGAAGGGAAAUAAGAAAAACAGUUCGAGUUAGCAAGGAAUUCGAGUUAUUGAAGUAAAUUUCAGUGAAAUUUUGAUCAAGGGUAAGGAAAUUUUGUUCCAGUUAGCAGGGAAUUUGAGUUGUUAAGAUUCUACUGUAAUACCACCGCUCAUCUAGACAGAUUUCAUUCACAACCUUUUUUAGCUUAGGUAGUUAGCAACACACCAUGCAAGACUUGGUAUUGUUUGAGCAUUCUGUUUGAUGGUUACCACUAGGAUUUCAACCGAAGACUCAAUAAACAUGUGUGGAUGUGUUCUAGGGAUUCAGCUACCAGCCAAUGUCUACUUAGAUACCCUCCAGUGCUCUCACAUCAAGAAGAACCAUUUUAAUGUUUUCAUUGUACAAGAAUGUCUUAACAUACAUUGUUGUCAUCAUGCUGUGCACAUCUUACACUCUGAGAUUUCAAGUGCUGCAAUUUGGAAACAGUUUCCAUUAGUUGUUGUUCUUGUUGGCUUUGUUUCACUAUUGAUUAAAGAACUUAAACAACUGUUGUUUUCUGUGGAGUUAUGCCUUGUGCUCUGUCUACUCAAAAAGUUGUACAUGGCAACAUCAAUGUUUUGUUAUUUUCAUUCCAGCUGGUUCAGGAGCUUCAGGCCAUUCUGCAAGCUGGGGAAGGACAACUCAACCAACCUCGCCUCCAUAUGAGAGCCACCUACACUCUCUAGUAAGCAACAUAACUGUUUUCAUUCAAAUUGAGCACUAAGGAGUUUAGGGGAAGGUAGAUGCUCCUUAUCUGUUUACAGUUGAUGUAGCUCUCUGCUAGAGCAUUUUAAUAAAUGGGUAAAGAGUGAUCUUGAUGAAGUUGCAAGUGUCUACAACAAAGAUUAAUUGAUUGCAUAGUGUUUGGAGCUUUUUUUGAAUUCUUAAAUGCAAAUAUGUUGCCUGACCUACUUAGUGGAAGAGAAUCAAAAUUACUGCAAAAUAUAAUUCCUUUCCAUUAAUUCCUUGUAGUAUUGUCCUCCACAGCAAAGUCGGAUGGAGGAAAGGCUUGAUGAUGCUAUUCAUGUUCUGCGUACCCAUGCUGAAGGAAGUCUCCCUCCUGGCUUAGCUAGUAGCCUACUGAGUGCAGGAGCAGCAGCGGCAGCAGCAGCAGCAGGUGGUGCUGGUGUUCAAGGAGUAAGCUAUUCCACAUCUGUGGGCAGUAGUGUACCUUCAGUUGUGCAACCCAUGGAGCAAAUGGUGAGCCAAUCUUUUAACCCCUCUCACAUCCUAAAGUGGCCAAAGUCAAAAUUCAGGAAAAUUUUGAAAUUUCAUUUUGUACAAUUCUGAAAGACAAAUGGUGCCAUGUGAGAGUAGUUCUCAAGAGGUUUCAUUCGAAUGGUCACACCAUACGAUUUCGUCCACAGACUCAAAAGUUAGAACUACCGGUACAUACUAAAUGUGUAAAACCAUGUGAAAGUACUGUUGAAGAGGUUUCAUUUGAAUGGUCAUACCAUAGGAUUUCAUCCACAGACUCAAUUUAAAAUCACCUCACAAGACUCCAUCAUUCAGUAUGAGAAAGAAAGGGUUAGUUCACUGUUGGCCUGAGUAUCAGGGUUUUCUGGAGGAAAGGAGAUGAGAGAAGCAAAUAGUGGAGAGAGCAAAAUGAGAGCCCUCUUUUUCUCUCUCUCUCUCUUCCCCCUUCCUCUCCCUCCACCCUUUAAAAUCUCCUCUCCCCUAACCCCUAAGGGAAACCAGUCCUUACGAACCCAAAUAGUGAAACUGCACAAAUUUCCUUUCACUUCGAAUAUAGUUUGUGCGUGAACAAGAAAAAACUUUUUGGGUGAAUAUUCUUUGUUCUUUUAAGCCAAGUAUGUGGAACUAUUUACACCUCGACUGAAUAAACUUGUAUCAAAACGACUAAGGAAGGCCUGAUACUCAGGCUAAUUAGCUUUUGUCCAAAUAGAAAUAUUUAUAAUUUAGACAUCUGUAAGAAUUGCACCUGCAAAUAGGUUGCUGUUUGACAAAGGAAAACAAAAAUGUGCCAUAAUGAUAGAUAACUGUGCUGAUUUAUUUUCAUCACUUGUGUUUUUUUUCUAGAGUCACAGUGGAAUGGAAGAUGACCAUGGCAUGACAUCUCCUAGUAAUUUAUCAAGUAGAGGAGCAGGCUCGCAAAUGUCCCCAAGUAACUCGGAGACCAGCGAAUCAAGAUGUAUGCACUAUAUUUGAACUUUUCCUUGUACUUGUGUUGUUUUGCCGUGGUUUAAGGCAUUUAAAAUUUAAAUUUCAGUUCAGUAAUUGAGGAUACAAUCAAACCCUCUUUACAUACACGUCUCUGUAAUGGUCAGCUCUCUUGUUCCCUAGGAUACCGCUUUAUACAUUUCUUAUCUCUAAUAAGGACAUCUCAGUCAUGUGGAUACUUAAUUUUAAUCUUUUGGUGUUUGUAUCGAGGUGUUUUGACUCUACCUCUAUUGUUGCGACAAGCCGUAAAAAAUUCACUUUUCUCUCAACAAUAUUGGCUCUUCGCACUUUAUAACAGUUAUAGCCAAAUCUGUUUAUGAGGGUGGGUAAGCACUUACUUGAAGGUGGUGCUGUUUGUAACCUAAAUCUUUAGAAUUUAUUCAGUUUGGUUGAUUGGCUUGAGAAUGAAAGUGGACCUCAACAUCUGUCUAGGGGAGGUAUCUGUUUUCAAUAUUAAUUUAUUAGUGUACAGUGAAAACCCGUAACUAACAACCUGCAUUUUCCCAAGUUAGCAUAAACAGGUCCUUCCGUAAGGUAAUAGGCCAUUUCCGAGUUCCCCCCCCCCCCAAACGUCUGUAUCAAAACGAGGUUAGGUGCUCAGUCUUUGAUAUGAAAAUGAUUUUUUAGUCUCGUAUAAAUAAGACGACUCAUUUCCACAAGAAAGGUCGUGCUCUUGGCCUCAUUAUGAAAGUGGGGGUUUUUGGGAAUUCGAAAUUGGCCUAUUAGCACAGAUUUAGGCUAUUUGGGUUCUCACAUGUAAAUAUGUUCUUAUUUUCUGAAGAAAAAAAUACAUUACAUAGCUAAGAGAAUUUAGUGGUAUUCAGGUCAUUUCUUAGGUAAAACUUGUAUACCAUUAGAAUUGCAGCUGGACUAAUAAGGCUGAAUGUUGACUUAACUUAUUUGCCUAAGUGUACAGAAUUUUCUAAAAGAUUUUAGAAAAUAAGAACCUGUUUCAAAUUUUAGGCUUAACUGGUUCUUGUAUAGAGGGCGCCUAACUGGCCAAUUUUUGUCUAACAGACUCUUAAAAAUCAGGUUGUUAGUGAAGGGUUUUUACUGUAUAUACAUGUAGAGUGAAGAAAACGUUUCCUGACUAACUCUUCUAUUACAAGACUAGUUUAGUCUAAAAUAAUGUUGUAUAUUGCAGUGGUAAAAUCUAUUGUAUAUCUACUUGUAGAUGGCUCUAAAAUGGACACCGGCGAGGGCUCAAAAGGCAGCAAAAAAUCAUCAUCCGAACAAGACGUAAAGAGCAGUGGGGAUAUUGGAGAGGAUAUAAACAACAGGGACUUGGUAGUGGAUGACCUUGAUGAUGACGAUAAAUUAACAGACGAUGGUAUUGAAGAGGGGGGCAGAGUCAGAGUUGUGCGAGAACAAGAAAGAAGAUAUGCCAAUAAUGCCAGAGAAAGGUACAGAAUGAUCCACUUCCUCUCUUUCAUAUCACUAACUAAUGGAGGUUAUCGGUCGUUUCGAUACAAGUUUAUUCAGUCGAGUUGUAAAUAGUUUCAAGUACUUGGCUUGGUUUUUACGGUCAAGUCGCCCGAAAGUCAUCUCGCCCAAAGUUUUGUCGCCCGAAACCAGAGUUAUGUCGUGUCGACCGAAAUUUUUAGCCAAGUAGCCCGCAAUUUUAUCAUGCUCAGCAACAUCCUAACAUCUUAAUCCCGCUUGUUUCGUUUCAUCAAAUCUUAUGUUACUCCUUUGACGUGCUUGUUUCGUUUCAUCAAGGUUAAAAGAACGGGAUAGGAUACACAUCCAUCCCACUUGUUUCGUCUCACCAUAGCAUCAUUGCCUAAAGAACGAGACUUUUACACAAUUAUCCCGCUUGUUUUGUCUCAUUAUCGCUUACAGAACGAGAUAUAUUACAUACACUCUUUAUUAAAAUUUCGGGCUACUUGAAUCGACAUCCUUCGGACGCGAUGACUUUCGGGCGACUUGACCCGUUACCGCUCGGCUUGAAGAAACCCGAAUCAGCAUUAUCUUAUUUCCGGGUUAGUAAUAUUUGGCCUUUUAACAAAUGGGCCCAGGAACUUUAUAUCCCACAAAUUCAGAGUGCUUUUACUUGUAAUUUAACUUAAGGACUUGUGACGGAAUUAGAAAGAAGGUAGUAGUGACGUGUGGAAUUGAGGGAAUAUCGAUGUCGGGAAAAAUAUUAUUUUAUAUAUUACAAAUUUCUUCCUUAGAAUGAAAAGAAGUUGUCUGUAAAGGGUCAAAGUGAAAUCCAUGAUUUUCUUGAGGUCCAAUUUCAUUCUAAUUCAGGGCUCGAAAUUAACGCUCGCAAACUCGCAAAGUGCGAUUGAUUUUUGAUAAUUUGCGAGUGAGAAAAAUAUCCACUAGGAAGCGUUUGCGAGGUAGAGUAAUCCAUGUCUCCCAAACAAAAGGAAAGAAUUUGCUAGUGGUCUCACCAGUUUGCUAGUGGAACAAAUCUUACUAGCACGACUUUGCAAGUGCACUAAAAAGUUAACUUCGAGCCCUGAUUCUUGUUCUGUAGCUUAGUAGACAUUUGUCGUGUCACCUUGCCUUAACAGGUUGAGAGUUCGAGACAUAAAUGGAGCAUUCAAAGAAUUGGGACGAAUGUGUAUGAUGCAUUUACAGGGUGACAAAGGCAAUGCUAAUUCUAAACAAACUAAGGUGAGAUACAGAGCUAGCUAUCUACAACUCAAACAAUGAUGACUGUUUAUUACAGGAUGAGGGUCCGAGACAUCAAUGGUGCCUUCAAAGAAUUGGGCCGAAUGUGUCAAUUACAUUUACAGAACGACAAACCCCAAACAAAGGUAAAAUUCAACAGGUCUUAUAAUGACAGUUGUAGAUGUCUCAUGAACAAGAGUUGUUGAGGCAGCUUGUUAAUCUCUGCCGUGGCACUGUUUGCUUCUGCGACCAAGAUCGUGAGGACUCAGUAGAACUCCCUGAUUCUGACAUAGUAAAGCUCUGAAGUGGCCCUCCGAUGAACGUUUGAUGAACAUUUAAAAUUCAUUUUGUAAAUCGCAAGAGAACAAAAAAAUAGUAUCAACCUAAAGCAUUGCCAGAGAGGGUUCUAGUGAAUGGGUACAACAAGUUAUUUCUUCUCGAAAUACAGAGUCAGUGACAGAUAGAUGCAGAGUUUUAAAGCGCUUUUCAUAGUAAUCUUGCGACUGCCUUGGUUUUUUGGUUGAGCGAAAAAUAUCUUGACAAGUUUUCAACCAGUGAACGCAAGACCAAAACCAGUGUUGACUUGAUAGAUCGCGUUUUCGUUUUCUCCGUUAUCUGAUUCGUUUAUGAUAUUGUCUGCCCUUAUUGCGAUCCGCUGAUGUUAUGACUCGGUUUGGGUUGUACAAUACUGACAGUUUCCCCUGGGUUAAUUUGUAGAAUGCAUGGCGCCCAGUUACAUCUCUAUACAGUUACUUACAUCUCCACAUCCAGGGUGAUGUGUUCGUUCUUCAUUUCUUUCUGACACUAAAUUGCCGCUUUCAGUUCCUUUCAUUUCACGAUUUGUACUUGUUUCACCUUUACCGUGCUUCUUUUAUGACACUGACACAUGUUGUUUUUCCACAGCUUGUCAUUCUUCACCAAGCAGUGUCAGUUAUCACGAGUUUGGAGUCGCAAGUGCGAGGUGAGCUUUUGACUUUUGUUAUGGUGUCCGUCUACAAGCAGGGGAUGAUGAUGACGAUGAUUUACAUUGUUUUUUUUUUUUUGUUCGUUUGUUUGUUUUUGUAUCUGCUAUGCGAAAAAGUCGUUUGUUUUUAUUGUGAAGUAGGGAAAACGUAUAUCAAAGCUCGAGUAAGAUUUGAAAGUGUUUUUAGUUAACUCUCUAACUUGCUUAUUUUGGCUUUACAGAGCGAAACUUGAACCCAAAAGCAGCUUGUCUCAAGAGGCGGGAAGAAGAAAAAGUAGAAGAAGAGGCGCCUGAAAAGAGAGCUGUACCAGGUGUGGACAAACCAUUCGACACCCCAGGAGCAGCUGCUGCUCGAGGAAGAGGUCGACGAGGUAGAAGGUCCUCAAGAGGUGAGUUGGUGAUAUUUCCAUAAAGAGAGAAUGAUGGGACAGAAAAGGAAUCUUAAGGCAUUGGCUAGAAUAUGUGAAUUUCAUUUAAGUUAUUUUUAAAGGUUUUAAUGAAACAGAAGUCUUUUUGCGAAGAGGUCCGCACACUUUUAUGGAUUGUUUGAAAUGUCAUCAAGUCCAGGCGCGACUGCCUGAAAACGAACAUUGUAGGAAUAUUGUAAUGGCGAGUGUUGAUUUCUGUCUUGACAACACGAAAACUCUUCCUUAAGGCCUGUCUAAAUUUACAGUUAAACUGGAUUCUGACUGUGCCUUUAACCUGAAAAGCAGCGUUAUAGCGCGACCAUUCAAAAAGAACUGUUUUUUAACAAUUAACGUAGUAAAGUUACCCUGCUCUCUUUAGGUUGAUGGGUUGUUGUUUCUAUAGGCCAAAAAAGAAAAUAGACCCUCACCUUGUCGUUUCUAUUAACAGGGGCCUUUAACGGAGGGGGCCGAGGCAUGCCUUGUGGACCUUUAGACGGAUACGAAUCGACGGACCAUGGAGAUCCACCCUCCUUAAAUGCGUGACAAAAGUAAACAUGGAACAAAGUUUUUAAUGGAUAAAAAAGCUAUCAGAGUUUUAUGUAAUUUACAGAUAAAGUACUAAAUGCAGGAAAAUAAGUUUAGACAAAAGAAGCAAAAACAGAGAAACUAUUUCAUCCACAUUGUCAACAUUUUCACUUCUCUUUGUUCAUGACACCAUUUGAAUCAUGAGGCUUUCACGAACAAGGCUGCUAACCUUAUUGUCGUGAUUCCUAUCCAGAGUAACGAGACAGAGGUCAGUUAUUAUCAUGGUCACAAACGAAGGCUGAAACACCGUCAGCCAACGAACUCUGUGGCUGUACGUAGUAACCGUUAAGCUACUGUGAGUCUCAACAAUUCCUCACGGCUCGACUCACUUUGGAACGAAAACCGAUUUUUGUAUUCCUACGGUUGAUUCGAUAUCCACGCGCCUUUUUUUUUUUCAAACUCUAAGUUCGUGCCAAGUCGUACAAAAUUCUGCUCUUAAGUUGUAAAUAGAAAAUUACGUCCAGUCCUUCAAUCGUCUUAGUUCUAUGUAACAACGUAUUUUAAAACCAUUUUCAGCUUUAAUCAUGUUCUGUAGCAACCUACAUUUCGUCGUCACCAGUUUUCCAUAAGAUCAACGAAUUGAUCAUUGUGUUCUUGCUUGACACUAAAACUUUCCAACACCGUCCGUGACCGUCCUUUCCCUCGAGAUGUAGUGUUAAUGUUAGUGUUGCUUUACAGAACGCUUUUAAUUGGGCGAUUACCAUCUGUAUACUUGUCGCUUAGACUACCAAGCAUUUUAGAUGAUAUUUUUAUGAAUUACAGUAACUAUUUAGAAUAACAAUAGAGUAGUCGCGUUAAUAUCCAGACUCGCUCCCGGGCCUUUAUUGUUUCUAGAACGAAAGAAGAUUGGAUGCAAGUGAAGCGAUUUUAUAGACAAGCAAACAAAAAAAAACUAGCUAUGUUACACUUAUAUCCAGUCUCUUCUCGUCCUUCAGUAAAAAAGGAAUGGUGACGAAUCUGUCUUGAGUAUUUCCCUUUGUAACGUAAUCACCCAGACACGGCCCAUCUAGCUAUGUAUUUAUCCCGAGCGCCGUUUUAGAGGUGUCCACUUACAGGUAUAUUAUAUACCUUCAAGAGAAAAAAAUCCGCAUUAGCUACCAUCAGUCCAGACUGCUGCUCUCUUCCUGCCUACAGCAUAUCUAUUCUAAUUUGGAGAUUUUGUACAAAUGAUUAAGAACCUCUAGUCAUGGGCUCGAUUUCCGUCGGUUCUCGGUCCUCCCCUCCCCCCUGAGAAGGGACUAGGGACCUUACGAUCCGACAACGGCGACCUCCAUGAAAACCUCCUUGAAAAAUAGACUCCGCAUCCUUUCAAAACAUUUCGCGAUUAUCCCAAGUCGCCCGGUUACUUAAAAGAAGGGAAUUUAUGUUGGAGCUGAAGAGAGGGGGCCACACCCGAGUUCAGACAGAGAAGGUAGAAUUUAUCGCCUUGCCGUUCUUGUCCUUAAAAAACUGAAAAUUUGGUCGGUGUACGUCGUAGUUUUUGCAUGGACGGCUGAGAAAUGUACAAAAAAGCCUCAUGCACGUGCAGAGUUGUUGUUUUGCCAACUAAACCUAUUGCUUUUUGACGUUGCCGUUCCCUUCGCCGUCGUAAUUUCGUAAGGUCCCUACUAUUCGGGGGAGGGGCACGAACUCAUUUCCCGAACAGCGGCUGGUAAUCGAGCCUACGCUAGUUAUGGAUACGAACCGCUUUUUCUGAGCUGUAUCUGGGUGAUAAUUUAAUCACUGGAUCGCCUUACGGCAUUGUUCGGUAAUAGUAGAGAAAUAGUCGCUGAUGUACAUAGAAAUAAAUCCUGAUCAGUGAAAUAAAUGACUAACUUGCAUACGAUGUUUUGGCUCAAAAGUUUAAUAAUAAAUUGGAAAAAGUGCAAGUGACUGCCAGGGGAGUGUGCAGAUUGGUUCUUUGACAACAUUAUGACAUGAGUCAUAUUGCUUGCAUAGACGAUACAGCAUGUCCCGGUGGAGAAACAGCAUUUUGAUAAAUGGGCUUGCACUGAACCGAGAACCUGUCCCUUUAAACAUUAGUACCAAACUGAAAAGAUUUUGUCCUCUGAACACUGGGUCAGGGUUCAAAGGUGUCUACCCUACCCAAGCUGAGAGUUAGUGCCGCGGCCGAAGAAUAAGGCACGCGUAGUGAAAACGGAUAUAUUUUACAGCAACGUUAAACCAUAAUGCUAAACUGACUGGCCGGCAACUAUUGGAACUAACCACUUCGCACCCGCGCUUUAUUGCGUGCAAAGUGCGGAAAAACGAAGCGCCUGAGGAGAAAGCAAGGAUUUACACAACGACCGAACUUCUUAGCAAAUUGAGACUGAAAAACGAGGACUUCUAGAAAUUUAGCCUACGUGGCAAGCAUUUCCGCGCGAGUUCGUAGAGAAAGUUGGGAUGAGAGCAAAGAAGAGAAGUGAACUGAACUUGCAUUUCUUACGCAGAGGCUAUGCCAUGGCCAUGCUGAUUACUUGUUUCCAAUUUGUUUUCUAUUUACAGAUACGGUUAUUUCAUAGCCUCCCACGCAGGCGUUUUUUGGGGGAAGCGUUAUUCCUCCCUCCGGGGAAUGACGGAACAUGUACCCAUCCACCCCCACCCUCUCGCCCCUCCGAAACGAAAUUAUUUACUUUUUCAUUUUGUAGCUGUCAAAAAGGCCAGAUGAUGCCAGCACUGCCGGUAGAUGAAAGCUAAUAAUUUAGCUCGGAUUGCUAAAUAAUGCCAAAAAUGAUGCGAGGACAAAAGCGGCAGCCUACCGAUUAUUCAAAUAUGCGGAAGUCCGGUAGACUACGAGUAGUCCUCAUUUCCCUCAGGGUUAGUAGAGCGAGCGAAACACGAGCGCGCGUCUCGCCCUUCUCGCUUGGGGAGGUUUUCACGCGCGUUCGCGUUUCCCUCGCUCUUCUAUCCCCGAGGAAAAAUAAGGACCGCUCGUAGUCUAGAAACCCUGAAGACUUCACUGGGGCCUCAGUGCGACUGUCAGGAUCCGGUCGACUUACCGGGGUCUUAUAUAAGUCAUAUAAUAGUUUCGCAACAAUUUAGAAAUCGGACCCACUUAACUAUAAUAGAUAAUGAAGGUAAGUGUUUUGGUUGGCUGUUUGCCUCUUUUGUGUAUCCAGAGAACUGGAGAACAAUAUUUAACGCGAAUACUAGGCAAAUUUUACAUCGAUCAGUAAGUAUGUGUUGCACCGAGGUAAACGCAGAAAAUUAAACUUUAAUCUUCAAAUCUUCUAUGUUUANAAGUAAGUGUUUUGGUUGGCUGUUUGCCUCUUUUGUGUAUCCAGAGAACUGGAGAACAAUAUUUAACGCGAAUACUAGGCAAAUUUUACAUCGAUCAGUAAGUAUGUGUUGCACCGAGGUAAACGCAGAAAAUUAAACUUUAAUCUUCAAAUCUUCUAUGUUUAGUGUUCUAAUUUAUCAUAUCACGAACCAGCAUGAAAUACAACGAUAAGUAGGUAUAAAAUUUUGCCUUUAUCAUUUAAAGACCUUUAAAGUGAACUUUCGACUGGUUUCAAAGGAAACAAAACUUGCAAGGACAGUGGCGGAUUCAGACCUUCAGGUAAGGGGGUGGGGUAGGGGAAGCCCGGUCUCAAAAAACCUUUUUUCCAGCCCCUCGGGCCUCAGUUUGGUCUAAAAAUAAGGGGGCCCUGGGACCCCCGGGACCCUCCCCUGGCUCUGUAGCCUGUCACGCAGGCUACUGGCUCUGCCACUGCAAGGCAAUACCUCGGGAAAAAAAAUUUCCGCACACCGAUCCUGGGCAAGAAAGCAAAAUCCUACCAAUGCCAUUUCAUACCAAUGCAAUGAAAUUUGUUUGGCGGGCCAUGUAGGCUAUAUUAUUUUAGACUGGAAAGACAAACUUGGACUAUUAAACUUUACCUCUGUCAAGUUUCUAGUUUGUGCUGGAGCCUCUCGAUCUACCGCUCAAAACUACAGCGAGCGAAAUGAGGUUAAAUACUUUUUACCAUCAGAGACUAGACAGAGAAUAGAACAUAUAUAUAGAAUUUCUCAAUAAAUGCUGGUUAUAAAAACACCGCUUGAGCAUUUUUUUUUUUAACUGUUUUCUGUCUAUUAAUAGUAGCCUGCGUCGCCAGCGAUUCCGUGCAAUUUUGGAGCAAAGAACGAGAGGAACGGGAGUCAAAUGGCGCGAGUGAAAGAGCUCUCGUUCCAUUUCUCGCGAGGGCAAAACCGAAAAUCCCGCUCCUCGGUCUUUCUUCGCUGGUAGGCUACAUUUUGCACCUCUAACUUGGCAGAGCAUAAACGUGAGAGCGAGUUUCUGAAGUAAAAGUCUUUGAAAAAGCCUUUAUUUUGGGGAGCUUGUAACAUGGGCGCCUAGUGAAUCUGUCACCUCAUUACCACUUAUUUUUUUGGUUGAUAAUGAUGCUGGAAAUUCAACGGCAGCUUGGCUCUCGUUGGAAUAUUUCAAGAGGGUUUUGGUUACUAAAAAUCCGGUUUCUCCAAAUACUGGUCAUAAUUAUAAAUCAAAUUUAUUUUACAGGGCCUAGUCAAGUAAGAGUAAUCUGGAAGAUACCAGUCGGUAAAAAAAAAAACACCAUUUAAGUAGGCUAAUCAUUUGUCCUUGGGGUUUUAAAUAGUCCGGAAAUCGGGUGCUCGGACAAAGGAGCCACCGGGAAUGUGUCGACUUCCCGUGAACUAAUAUACGUAAUAAUUAAUUCGCAACGGUCCGACAUACUUCACUAUAAUGGCGAGCGGAGGUAAGUUUUAUUGCUAGAUUUUUGUCUCUGUUGUAUAUCUGAAGUGCUAGAGAGCAAUAUUUAAGUCGAGGACCUAGGCAAGCUACACGUCCAACAGUAUGAUAUACGUGAGGUUCUUCACACACACGGAGGUUAAUUAGGUAAACGGAGAAAAAGACCGUCGCCGUGAUGGGUAGCGCGGCGCUGCACCAGUUUUCCUUCUCAAAAGUUUUCCCGCUUUUAGUUUUGCCCACUGACUGCAUGAAAUGCAACGGUAAUGCGACUCUUUCGAACGCCAACGGGUAUGAAACUGUGGCUUUCAUUUUAUUAAAGGUCGUCAUGCCCAGCCUUGCGUGACCCACGUGCGAAAGGGCACCGAAAUUUCCUUUUAUUUUAAGCGGUUGAGCUGAAAGUCUACAAUGUGACUUAACAGCUGACUAAUUUGAGGUUUUUACAGAAUUUUUACUUUCUUUUAGCAGAUUUUUGGGUAUUUUUCGGCGCAUUUUAAUUACCAAUCCAGUAUUUUGCAACAUCGUAAGGUAUCGCGAUCUCAGGUUAAGCUGCGUAGCUAUGCGUCAGUGACCGUGAGUCAGCACGAAAGAGAGGGAGGUUUAUGAUGCGGAAAUAAAGCAGGCAUACUUUGAAAAAACUUUCUUGUAGCCGUGCUCUACCUCGCGCUGUGAAACGUAGGAAACCGGUAACAAACGACCUGCAUGAUACAUGACUCAGUGUGAUGAUAGCUUGGACAGUAUGUCAGUAUUGUUAAUCCAGCAUUAAUAUGAACAAUAGCACUGUGAAGACGUUACAGGCUUUCUCGUUCAGUCGUCUGAAUUUUAAUCGUCGCGCUUGUAAAACCUCACAGAAGCGUAUGACCAAACAGAGGGCCUAAAAAAGCGGAGGUUAAACAGGCGUUAAAAAAUACUUGUUAUUAAAAAGGCGUGAAUGUGCGAAUAUACCGUCACAACUGAAAAGAAAAUGGUAGAGUCAAUAUAAUUAACUGAUCUACAUUUUAAUACACAGAACUGACUUUAUAAGUAAAUAUAAAAAAUCCUCGCCCCCUCACCCCCUCCCCAAUUCAUUCAUCUCCUGUCUAUCUAUCUAUCUAUAUUUCGGGCGCACCCGCCCUGAUUUUGUAAGUCUGUCCCAUUCCCGUCUGUUGGCCAUGACAGAUACAACAAUGCAACAACGAGCUUUAUUUGCAUGACCAUACAAGUACAAGUAUUGCACACUUUAGGAAAGAUCCUGCCUCGAAAGACCGCUGUCACUCUCUAUUUGG